GUCCUGACAUUUGGGGGGAUUUGUACCGUCCUGACAUUUGGGGGGAUUUGUACCGUCCUGACAUUUGGGGGGAUUUGUACCGUCCUGACAUUUGGGGGGAUUUGUACCGUCCUGACAUUUGGGGGGAUAUUGUACUGUCCUGACAUUUGGGGGGAAUUGUACCGUCCUGACAUUUGGGGGGAUUUGUACUGUCCUGACAUUUGGGGGGAUUUGUACCGUCCUGACAUUUGGGGGGAUUUGUACUGUCCUGACAUUUGGGGGGGAUUUUGUACUGUCCUGACAUUUGAGGGGGAUUUGUACUGUCCUGACAUUUGGGGGGGAUUUGUACUGUCCUGACAUUUGGGGGGGAUUUGUACUGUCCUGACAU